CUUGUCGAUAAACCGCUGAUUAGAGAGCAGUCAGUAAACUGAAGCCUUGCAAACGAAGUGGCUGGGAACUCCAAGGCUUCGCAUUUGAUACCUUCUCUUGCCUAGCAGUGUCUGGUCUUACCAGACUACCCGAUGGUAUGGAGAAGUGGCAAGAAAUUUUCAACUUUCUCUCUGUGGGAGAAUUCCCAUUAUGGUAUGAUAAAUACCAGAAAUUCCGUUUUAAGAAGUACGCCGCUAAAUUUACACUAAAAGAUGGAGAGAUCUUCUACGGAAGUAAAAAAGUCGUUAAAUCAAAGGAAGAAGGAAGGAGGAUCUUUGAAGAACUCCAUUCACCUCCAUCUGGACGUCACCUAGGCAUCGGAAAAACAGGGAUAGCAAUGUCGUCAAAAUUCUUCUGGUUUGGCAUGACCAAGGAUAUUGAGAACUGGGUCCAGCAAUGUGAGAAAUGCCAGUGUAUUAAGGCGCCUGCUGUCCGGAAAUCUAGGAAACACCACUGGGUCACUUCCAAGAUGCACAGCUAUGCUGCAACUAUGUUAAUUAACCAACCAAAGUUUUCAUGGCUGAAAAAACUGGGCCUGAAGGAGGAUAAUGAGGGAGUUUACAAUGGUACAUGGGGAGGAAAAGGAGAGAUCGUAACAUCGUAUUGUCCUGCUAAUAAUUUGCCGAUUGCCAGAGUUAAACAGGCCAGUCUGGAAGACUAUAAUGAAACAGUCAAUAAAGCAAAAGAAGCAUGGAAAAUCUGGGCAGAUGUUCCUGCUCCAAAACGUGGUGAGAUAGUACGACAAAUUGGUAACGCACUUCGAAAGAAGAUCAAACGUCUAGGACAUCUGGAAUCUCUGGAGAUGGGAAAAAUUUUGGUUGAAGGUGUUGGAGAAGUUCAGAAAUAUAUUGAUAUUUGCGACUAUGCAGUUGGCCUUUCUCGUGUCAUUGGGGGACCUAUUUUACCUUCAGAAAGACCUGGCCAUGCUCUGAUUGAACAGUGGAACCCUGUGGGUUUGGUUGGCAUUAUCACUGCCUUUAAUUUCCCAGUGGCGGUCUAUGGCUGGAACAGCGCACUUGCACUUAUUUGUGGGGAUGUCUGUCUAUGGAAAGGAGCUCCUACAACGCCUCUAACUAGUAUAGCUGUUACAAAAAUAAUCGCUCAAGUUUUAGAACACAACAACUUGCCAGGAGCCAUCUGUUCUUUGACAUGUGGUGGGGCUGACAUUGGCAAUGCCAUAGCCCAGGAUGAAAGAGUGGACCUAGUGUCAUUCACUGGCAGCACUGAUGUGGGAAGACAGGUAGCACUUAAAGUUCAAGAAAGAUUUGGCCGCAAGUUGUUGGAACUCGGUGGGAACAAUGCAAUUAUUGUGUUUGAAGAUGCAGAUCUUAACCUUGCCACUUCUUCAGUUCUUUUUGCUGCUGUUGGUACAGCAGGUCAGAGAUGUACAACAGCCAGGCGACUGUUUUUACAAGAAAGCAUUCAUGAUGAAAUUGUGGAGAAACUGUUAAUAGCCUAUUCACAAGUGCGCAUUGGAGAGCCUUGGCACUCUGACACCUUGUGUGGUCCUCUUCACACUAAGCAGGCAGUUGAAAUGUUUCUUUCCGCAAUUGAGCAAGCACAAUGUGAAGGUGGUAUAGUGGUAACUGGUGGAAAGGUAAUUGAUCGUCCUGGAAACUUUGUAGAACCAGCCAUCAUAACUGGGCUUUCACACAAUUCACCCAUCAUUCAAAAAGAGACUUUUGCUCCAAUACUCUACAUUCUAAAGUUUAAGUCUGAAGAAGAGGCUUUUGCUUGGAAUAAUGAGGUGAAGCAAGGUCUUUCAAGUAGUAUCUUUACUAAGGAUCUUGGAAGAAUAUUCCGAUGGCUGGGGCCGAAGGGAUCUGAUUGUGGACUGGUGAAUGUCAACAUUACUACUAGUGGUGCUGAAAUUGGUGGAGCUUUUGGUGGUGAGAAGCACACAGGUGAGGGUAGAGAGUCAGGAAGUGAUUCAUGGAAACAUUAUAUGAGACGAUCUACUGGGCAUACAGAAGCUGUAUUAGUGGACAUUGAUGUUUUUGAGCUAUUGAGUGGGAUGGAGUUUGCUGGUGUAGGUGGUUCUGUUCGAGCAUCGACUUCUGCAUCUGUCAAUACCCCAUCUACCUCUUUAGGACAGCUACCACGUCCUUCAACAUCACAUCAAAUAGAACAUGUGAAUAUUAGACAACAACCACAACAUGGGCAAUAUAUAUGCUCCACAACAAAUACAAGCCAUAGCCUAUCGUCUGCUGAUACUAUUCCAGAUGUAAGGGGCAGUACAUCGGAUACAGCGGUUGGAAGAAGCUCUGAUGUGGAAUCUCUAUACUCCUUGAUUCCACAUGAGGUAGGAGUACAUGAAUGUGAAAGUUUCCUAAAAACUCGAGGUAUCGAUUUUGAUAUGCAUACUAAAUUUGGGAUUAAGUUCUGUUUCUGUUUUAUAAAACAUAAUUGUAUUUACUGGGUUCUGCAAUAUCAGGAAGAGCAAUUAAUGGGCAGCUGA